UCUUCUGAAGAAGCUACUGCAAUAUGGUCAGUGGAUAAAUCAGUUGUCAAUUCUGCUGGGAUUAUACACACGGUACACAACAGAACAAUUGCAUUACAAAUUUAUAAUAAGACUAUCUACUGUGAAGGAUAUAUUGCAAAUUUGUCAAUAAAUUCUGGGAAAGCAGGAACAUAUGUCAUGAGCAUUCAAAACGACUUUGGUGAGACAAGGCAAGCGUUUAGUGUGGAUGUUUUUCAAGCUAAAGGUUUGACAACUACGUUUGACUUCCGAUCUGUCAUAAUUGGCAUUACAGUUGUAGGAAUAUUCAUAUUAAUUAUAACAGUUACGGUAAUUCUGAUGAAAGGAAGAGGUUCUAAUAUAGUACAUAUAGUUGGUCCCCAUGAACUGUCUAGAAUUCCAAUAUACCAUUCAGCACCGUCAUCGGAACCUGUUGUUCACAUAUAUGAUGACGCGAUACCUGGGUAUCUUGAAGUAAUUGACAACCACUCGGAAAAUGAAGACAAAGAAAGUGAUGAAACAUCUACCAACACGAUAAGCAAUGCACAUGUUUAUGAAGAUGUCGAUUAAUUUAUGUAUGUGGAUAUCUCGUUUGUCAAAGACUGUUAUCAAAAAGUACUUCUCUAUCUUGCUCACAUUGACUUUCAUAGUGUUCUACAUCAGUGCCAUGACAGUUGAUGAUAUCAAGACAAAGUUACACCAAGAAAGCAUUAGUGCUAUUGUUUUGUUUCGUGUUCUGUUUUGUUUUUGAGAGAGAACAACCAUCGGCUCUUUUGAACAGGUUCAUUUAUGGUCAAAAAACUAAUUUUUGAAACCAAAUGCGUUACAGAAAAUCAACUCAAGAGUUACUUUGUAAUGUUUUUUUGGCAGAUUUCUUUUGUCAUUUGGUAUGUAACAUU